CACAGGCCAGGCCCAGUGCUGCAGGUUGUCCGGUAGGGUGUCUGCCGAGCUACAAGCAUGCUGUUGAUGUCAGGAGCAGAGGAGGGGAACGUGAGGAAUGGCUGAAAACUGACGGUGAUCUCCUGUUAUGAAACAAACCAGAACGGCUAAUGAUUGUCCGGUAUGUUUAACUGAAGCUUUCACUGUCUCCGGAUCAGCCUCUUAGCGACGCAGUAACAGGCACCGCUCGUUUUUUUGUGUGGUUAUUUAAUGGGACAACGAAAACGCAAAAAACGCAAGGUAGGCUACCGCUCCUGACGCCAGCCCUGCUACUUUAUUUUCAUGGACUAAUACGACACACAGGGGGUUGAGAAAUGUUUCAAGGCAAGGUAAAUCGCUCGUCUUCGAAGACAGUGUUUGGUUUUUAACACUAGCUAAACGUUAGCGUAGAUAUUUUGUUGGUCGGGCUCGUGAAUGUAUGAAGUGCCCGGACGUUAUUUUUUGUUUGUUUUGAAAAGCGUCGGUUAGGCUUCAUCUCUUCAUGCCUCAACCGACCAACCAUAUGAGAAGUCGACGUCCGGAAUAGAUUUAACCACAAAACAAAGGCCCCCACUUUUGUUUUUAAUCGUUUCCACCUGAACCGACGAGGAGAAAAAUGCGUGUGGAUUUGUUUUGGAUAUGUUUGUGGUGUUUCCUUCGUCCUGGGGCCACCGGUCAAGGGCAGUCGACGGCCGUUUGUUCGCCCUCAUGCAGCUGCGAUGAAGAUGGGGGUGCAGACUGCUCCGGGAGAGGACUGACCACCGUCCCAACCGGGCUCAGUGCUUUCACCUACUACCUUGACCUGAGCAUGAACAACAUCACUGAGCUUCCAGCAUAUGUGUUCAAGAACUUCCCCUAUCUGGAAGAAUUACGACUUGCGGGGAAUGACCUGUCAUUCAUCCACCCUGAUGCCCUGUCUGGACUGCAUCAGCUCAAAGUCCUGAUGCUCCAGAAUAAUCAGCUGAAAACUGUGCCCAGUGCAGCCCUGAAGAACCUUCAUUCUCUCCAGUCUCUUCGCCUGGAUGCGAACCAUAUUACCACAGUUCCUGAUGACAGUUUUGAAGGCCUUCAGCAGCUGCGCCACCUCUGGUUGGAUGAUAACAACCUGACAGAGGUCCCCAUUGGUUCUCUGAGACACCAGGCGAAUCUUCAGGCUCUUACGUUGGCGCUCAACCGCAUCUCGUACAUACCAGACAACGCCUUUGCAAACCUCACCAGUCUAGUUGUGCUGCAUCUUCAUAACAACAGAAUUAAGGAAAUAGGAGACAACUGUUUUGCUGGACUCGUGAACCUGGAGACACUAGAUCUUAACUUUAACAACCUGAUGGUUUUUCCCAAAGCAAUAGAGACCCUGCCCAAACUCAAGGAACUUGGGUUUCACAGCAACGAUAUUGCUUCCAUACCUGAAGGGGCCUUCCAUAACAACCCCCUGCUGCGAACCAUACAUCUUUAUGACAACCCUCUGUCCUUCGUGGGCGCUUCGGCUUUCCAGAAUCUGUCCGACCUGCACUCCCUGAUGUUGCGUGGGGCAAGCAUGAUGCAGGACUUCCCCAUCCUUACGUGGACUAAUAACCUUGAGAGUCUGACCCUGUCAGGAACCAAGAUAUCGUCCAUCCCUGCUGAUCUUUGUGAGGAUCUCAAGUUGCUACGGACGCUAGACCUGUCCUACAAUGAGAUCAAGGAGAUACCAUCCCUCCAGGGCUGCCUCCGACUGCACGAGAUAAGCUUUCAGCACAACCAUAUUCAGCAAAUUGACAGGGACACAUUCCAAGGUCUCUCUGCUCUCCGUUUACUAGACCUGAGCAGAAAUGAACUCCGAGUUAUCCACAGAGAUGCUUUCCUCACCCUCACUGCACUCACCAACCUAGAUCUGAGUAUGAACUCUCUGACUGUGAUUCCAACAACUGGACUGAGCGCGCUCAGUCAGUUGAAACUCUCAGGGAACCCGCAGAUGAAAAAUGUGCUGACUGCAAAAAACCUGCCCAAACUGAGGUCCAUCUCUGUCCCUUACGCCUACCAGUGCUGUGCUUUUGUCGGAUGUGACUCAAUGACAAGUUCUUCUGAGGAAAAUGACGUUAAGAAAUCGACAGGCGUGGAGGAUGUGGAAAGAAUCUCAAUGAUUAUGCAUUGCUCUCCUUCGCCAGGAGCCUUCAAGCCUUGUGAGCACCUCCUGGGUAACUGGAUGAUUCGUCUGACAGUCUGGUUCAUCUGCCUGGUGUCGCUGGUCUUUAACAGCCUGGUUCUGGUAGCCACCUUCUCCCCCACACACCGAGCAGCAGGCCAUUCCCACUCCCUCACACCGUCUCUCUCUCCAGCCAGGCUACUGAUGGGGCUACUGGCCCUGGCCAACCUGCUCACAGGCCUGUAUGUCGGCGUGCUGACUGCGCUCGACGUUGCCACCUGGGGCUCCUUCGCUGAGUUUGGUGUGUGGUGGGAGAUGGGGCCCGGCUGUCAGAUCGCAGGAGCUCUGGCCGUCUUCUCGUCAGAGUGGGCAGUCUUGUUACUCUCACUGGCGGCCGUGGAGCGCAGCGUGGCCGUGCGGACAAUUCUCGGGAAGGUAAUGAUGUCACCCAGGAGGAACGGAGGCAGCCGUCGCGGAUGCUGGAGAGGAGAUCAACGCUUCAGCCUGGCUGCAGGACUACUGGGGCUGCUGGCUGCUGCUGGAGCCUGCCUGCCUCUCCUGACCUCCAGUGAUCAGUCCGCCUCUCCUCUCUGUCUGCCCUUCGCUGGUGGCGAGAGUCCAGCUCUGAGUGUUACAGUUGUUCUGGUGUUGCUCAACGCGCUGGCUUACCUGUUCACUGCAGCUGUGUACACCCAGCUGUACUGCCACCUGGGCAGAGUGGAGCUUGCAGAUCCAGAGCAGACGGGUGCACUGCGACACGUAGCCUGGCUCAUCUUCACCAACUGCAUCUUCUUCUGCCCUGUGGCAGCUUUCUCCUUCGCCCCUCUCUUGACUGGCUCUACAGCCGGCGGCCCAGAGAUUGCCAAGUCUGUCACCCUCAUAUUCUUCCCGCUGCCUGCGUGCCUGAACCCAGUGCUGUAUGUGUUCUUCAGCCCGGCCUUCAGGGAGGACUGGCUGAGACUACGUGGCCGUGGAGGUUUCACCAGGGAGGUAAAGGCUGGUGCUGACAGUCACGGAGAUGAUUGUGGCGGAGGGUCGGAGCUCACAGACGGAGGCUCCUCCACCCACCUGGGCUUUGACUGUGGGGUGUACUCACAGCUUUGUGGAGAGACCGUUGUAUGCGAGCAGUGUGAGGCUGCGCUGCAUGCCAGGACCUGCUCUUCUUCCUCGUCCUCCACAGUGUGUAGACACUUGGUGAAGUCUCACAGCUGUCCCACCCUCCUGGUGGGAGCUGCCGUGUGCCAGCGCGCCGAGGGGUUCUGGGCAGACAGCGGUACACCCUCCGCUCAGUCUGAGUACGCAGACGAGGGGGACUCGUUUGUGUCGGACAGCUCGGAACAGGUUCAGGCCUGUGGCAGAGCCUGCUUCUGUCAGAGCAGAGGCCUUCCUUUGGUACAUUACUCAUACAACAUACCUCGAGUCAAGGACUAAGGACGCUUCAGAGCGUGAGUACGUCUGUGUGCACAGAUCUCUCUGUCAUGUGAAUUUAGACGCUACAAGAAUAUUUAAACAUUUUUAUAUCAGACAACAAAAUGUGCCAACUACCCUGCUAAAAGACUAUUCCGCUAGCACUUAGGUUUGUAAUUACUGUGUAAACAGAGAUGCAACCAAUCAUUUAAAGGGAACUUGGUAUGCUUUUUGAACUUAGAGACCAUUUCCAAGUGAGCUGAACUGAGCACAUCAUGUUACAAACUGGUUGACAAAGGAUCUUGCAAAGGAAAAUCUUGCCACCGGUGCCUGUCUCUCGCUUUCGAUUGGAUAUCAUGAUAUUGCGAGCCUCAAUGUAUGUGUCAAAGAUUAUGUGAUUUCUCUGUUUCACCUGUACUUAUAAGCUUUUUAAAUUGUAAUUGUUAUACAUCUUGUCAAUUUUUAAAGCUUCUCCACAGCAACUGUUGAUUUUAUACUUAGUUUUUUUUUAAUAUAAAUGUAGCAAAUGUAAUAAUCAUCCUAGACUUUUCUGUGUGAAUGUAACUUCCAGGUGGUUUUCACCCACCAGAGGGGAAUAAUGUAACGUCAGCAAUAACUUCUGCCCUAUCUGCCUGUGAUCGUAAUCUAUCAGUGUGAGAAAGGUAUAAGUAAAUGCCAGUAAUAAACAUUUCUUUGCUUUAAGUUACUAAGACUAAGAAUGUGAUAGAAGUAGCAGAUAUCACUGUUUUAGCAAUGAUGCUUGGUGGUGGAAGAUGUUAUUUAUUUGAGCAGCAGGAGUGUCUGGGUGUACACGAUUUCAGGUGUAUGAAAGGUGUCCUUUGAAUGAUGAAUAUACAAUAUAACCCAAGUAUUCACUAAAACAACAGCACCUCUCUUUGUUUAAUUCUUCACAAAAAAACUAGUACACACAUGAUUUUCAUUAGUCUGAAGGAUAAUUCCAGUUAUAUUUAAAUCUGGGCCUUAUUUUCUGAUUUUUUUGCCAUCAUGCUGUUUGAUAUGGAUCAAACUUUUUAUUUCUUAACGACAGAGCUACAUAUUCUAUUUGUUGAGUUUGAUGUGUCUCUUGGCCCAAUGACAAACAUGCAAACAUUUCCUUUUCAGUGCAGUGACACUUAAAUGAGACCUGCUUUUAUCUGAUGUUCACAUUAUUUUUGGUUGACAGAACAAUUUUUGUUUCAUUUCUCUGUUGAAUAUGGUGUGUUUUAAUAAGCAUAAACUGUUUAAAAUUAGUGUCCUGUAAAUAAAAACUGCCCAUUGAUGCUUCAAAAAAAAAAAGGUUGGUCGAUCAAAGGAAUAAUUCAAUAUUGUGGGAAAUAUGAGAUAUAACAUCAAUAAGUGGGCUUUAGAUGUGCUGGUAGGUGGAUUAUGUUGCCUUCGGACAGAGUAAGGCUAGCUGUUUCUCUCUGUUUCCAGACUUUAUGCUAAGAUAAACUAAACUAAGCUAACGACUGCUGGCUUUAGCUCCAUAUUUAGCAUACAGAUAUGAGAGUGGUAUUGCUUUUUUCAUCAAACUCUGUGCACUUGCCCCACAAAUUGUAAAUAAUAAUUGUAGUAAUAACUACUAUAAUAAUAAUAUAAACAUAACUGUAGUUUGGUGACCGACAAGCCAAAUCCAAAAAAUCUAAAUCAACUGUAUUCACAGUAGUUGAACUUAUGAGAAGAGAGAAAGCUAACGUACAUUUGUUUAAUUUAAAACUUAUCAUUAAAUAUAAUUUGGCUUGUGAGCAACUAGUUAAACACAUGAAUACUGUCCAAGUUAAACACGUGAAUGUAAUCCCACUCUUCUACUUCUUCCAACAUGAUGUGAACGCAGCGCAAGACUGGCAGCCAGCUGAGUCAACAAGAAAGUGUUUAAGCGGUGCCAAAAAGUAUGAAAUGGACUAUUAUAACUGAAAUGUGGGUGAUCAUUAUUCAACCACAGAUAUUUAAAGACAAGUAUCUGCAGUGUGUUUUUGCAUUUGCAAGGAUUUUUUUGGGUGUUUGUGUGCACGUGGGCAGUAUGUGUAUCUGUUGAGGUCCUUAGAGCUCUACAGUGAAAUAACUCGAAAAAUUUGGACCAGAAUAAAAGGGCAUGAUGGUACAAAAGUAGGAAAAUUAAGCCUAUGUUGAAAAUAAUAGGAAUGAUCUUUUAAGUAAUUCACUGCCUCCAGUGUCUUUCCAAUCCAAUUAUAUUGUCAGCGAGUGAGUCACACUUACUUGUAUAUUCAUUUCAGUCUGUAUAACCUAGUUUUAUUGUACAUCAGAAGAGCAAUAUUAUAUUGUAAAGCAUAUUAACGUAGAUCUCUUUUCACCCUGAGAGCUGACCUGUGUGUGUGUGUGUGUGUGUGUGUGUGUGUGUGUGUGUGUGUGUGUGUGUGUGUGUGUGUGUGUGUGUGUGUGUGUGUGUGUCGUGAGGGAUUGACUGUUGUUUGGUGUGCUGGAGCAUGACCGUACGCAUUAAGGUGGAUACACCCUUGGAGCAUGUAUCCACAAGUGCAUGUCAUGUGAGUGCUCAGGAAU